CUCUCUCUCUCUCUCUCUCUCUGAUUUAUAGGUGUUUCAGAUGUAAACCGAAACUAAAAGUUUGAGUUCGUCUUGUGAUAAGACUACAUUUCUGAACGCUAUAUACCAAAGCUUACAACUUCUGUCUUAUUUAUCGUUUGAGAUCGAGAAACCAGGAUGUCCCACACAGUCAUACCCAUGAACUCUUCAACACUCAUCAUCCAGUUUCAACCAGUAACACAAACAGCUCCGGUGACGACGGAGACAAAUGCUCCUGCGCCUGUUUAUGUACAACAGAUGACGGGAGCUUCAUCUCUUCAUGGACUUCAGGCAUUUCUGAAAGGACAACCGAAAGCCCUUGGGACGGUCCAGAUAAUGAUCGGUGUGAUGACUCUCCUGUUUGGCAUUGUGUCUACAGUUUAUGCAGAAGCCAUCUCUGUCUAUGCUGCUAUUCCUCACUGGGGAUCUCUCAUCUACAUUAUCUCAGGCUCACUCUGCAUUGCUGCAGAAGACAAAAUUAAUUCACCCUCCAGUUUGUGUUUGGUGAAGGCUUCACUGGGAAUUAAUAUUUGCAGUACUAUAACCGCAGGCAUUGCCAUUAUUUGUCUUUCACUGGAUUUGCUUAUAGGUCCACCCAUGUUCUGCUGGAGUUAUAACUGUAAUUAUUCAAGAAGUUAUGAGAUUAUCUAUAAGGGAAACAGAACUGUGUUGCUGUUAUUCGCCAUGCUUGAGUUUAUCAUCACCAUCUGUCUGUCAGCAUUUGCCUGUAAAGCCAAUGCCUGCUGUUCUUCUUCUCGGGUGCAGUUUGCUCAAGUUUCAACACUACAGUCCUCUGAUUUCAGACCCAUUCGUUUCCAGGAUCUUAACAGCUCAGAGAUACCUGUGACCAGCAGCUCUUCCAUUCAUCACCAUCCUGCAGACGCGCCGCCAGAAUACAGUGAAUGCAAUCAAUAUGAAUAAGUGGACAGUAUUCCCUUAUAAAAAACAAAUAUA